CUGGGUUUCUCCGCGCCUGCGCGAUACAAGCAUUCGUCGGGUGACGUCGAGCAAUAAUGGCGGCUCCCGUGUUGGAAAAUUCGGUACCAGUGCCGAUGAAUCAUAAAAAAGUCAGAGCCAUAUUGAAGAAGGAAAAAAGAAAAAAAAAGAGGCAAGCACUUGCAAAAUUAAGAGAUGCAGAACAGAAAGAGCAGACACCUUCAGAAGAUGACGAUGAAAGCCUUGAUCACAUCGAAAGGCAAAGACUUCAUGAGGAAUGGCUGCUUCGGGAGCAGAAAGCACAGGAAGAAUUUUUGUUACAAAAAGAAAGGGAGGAAGCAGCAAAAAGACGAGAAGAGGAAGAGAGAAAGUUAAUAGAAGAAUGGCGAAAAGAGGAAGAAGACAGAGUAAAAAAUGAAAAAGAAGAACAGCAAAGGAAACAGAAAGAGAGAGAGGAGGCUGUACAGAAGAUGUUGGAUGAACAAGUAGACAAAAAGCUGCAAAAUGGUGAUACUUGGCAUAAUCCAGAGGCACCUGAAGGGUACGGCACAGAAAAGGACAAGGCAAAUUGCCCAUUCUAUCUGAAAACUGGAGCCUGCAGGUUUGGUGACAGGUGUUCCCGCAAGCACAACUAUCCAUCUUCUAGCCAAACACUCCUUAUCCGAGGUAUGUUUGUAACAUAUGGCAUGGAGCAGUGCAAGAGAGAUGAUUAUGACACAGAUGACAACUUGGAGCAUGGUGAUGAUGAAAUGUAUCAGCAGUUCUUGGAGUUCUAUGAAGAUGUUGUUCCUGAAUUUAAGGCUGUGGGCAAGGUCAUCCAGUUCAAAGUCAGUUGCAAUUUUGAGCCACACUUAAGAGGAAAUGUAUAUGUCCAGUACCAGACGGAAGAAGAGUGCUUACAGGCCUUUUCAAUGUUCAAUGGCCGAUGGUACGCAUCAAGGCAGCUCCAGUGUGAGUUAUCACCCGUAACUAGGUGGAAAACUGCCAUAUGUGGAUUGUUUGAAAGACAAAAGUGUCCACGAGGGAAGCAGUGUAAUUUCCUCCAUGUGUUUAGAAACCCCGAUAAUGAAUUCUGGGAGGCCAACAGAGACUUUCAUUUGUCACCGGAUAAUUGUAACACAUCAGAUAGAAGAGACCGAUCGUACCGUGGUGAUGAACACACACAUUCCAGGCGGUACCGCAGUCCCAGUCCGGACCACUAUAGUGAAAGAAAUGGGGAGUCCAGGAGGAAAAAGAGCCGCCACCACAAAAGUAAGAAGCACCGGUCCCACCGAUCGAGAAGCCGGGAGAGGAGAUCGCACAGCAGAGGUAGAAAAAAACAAAAGCACAGAAGCCGCAGUUCAUCCAGAUCCAGAUCCAGAUCCAGAAGCCGUGACAGAAGAUCAAAAAGCAGAGAGCGGAAAUCAGAAAGUCCGAAAACACAUAAAAAAACGAGAAGACAAGGUGCGCCCGAAAACAACCAUCAAAAACAGAAAUAGAUCUGUGGGCAUUAGUGGAUGCUAUGUAUCCAAUAUAGAGGUUGGCUUCAUCUAUUCUAAGAGUUAUAAUAUCUUCAACAAGAAAUCAGCAAACUUUCUUCCAUGCUUUUCUAUAGAGAAUAAUGUUUUCAGCUUUGAUUAAACAUCUUCAGCAAAAUCCGAGUGUAUAAGAAGAAUAUCUAAUGUUUUGUACGUUGGUGUUGAAAUCAUUUUAAAUAAAAUGCAUUUCAAAUGUAAACUCUCCACCACUUGGGUCUCUGGCAUCAGCUCUGUGACGGUUCAUGUGCCGCAUUUCCACGUCCUUAAAUAAAAACUUCCAGUGCACUGAU